UCAGCUGUUUGCAUUCUUCUUGUGCGGCUAGUUGUUUUUAAAAAGGGUGUUUUGUUAUGGUACCAUAGCCAUGUGUGAAUUAAAAUGGGUUCAAUCGCAUCUGUGCUGCAAUGGCAUUGUCAAGCUUGUGGUCAAAUCAACCCAACAGAGAGUGUAAAGUGUUUAAAAUGUGGUACAAGGAGAGUGUCCAAUCAUGACAGUGAUAUACAAAAACGAUGCUACUCAGGAGAUUCCUCAUCAGAUCACGCUUCGCGCACAGAUAAAAGUGGUGGAACGACACCGGGAUCAGAAGCAAUUGUUAUACCAACAACAAAUAACUUCAAUCGUGGUUGGACGUGCGUGGGUUCUGCACCCGGCGCGAGCCGAGCCUGGCGCUGCGUGUGCGGUCUGCGGAACGUGUCAGCAAGCUGGAGGUGUGCGGCCUGUGACGCCCUGGCGCCCCAUGCACCUGUCUACAGAUUGUCUGAUGAUGAGGAACAAGCAUCAGGAAUGACGGAGAAAGACAAGUCUGAUAAAGACAGUAUGAUAAGAUCCAACACUCUGGCGGUGCCCUCAUACAAACCUUCCUCCAGUUACUCGGACGCCCGCCCGUUAAACUUGGAUCUGCAGUCGUUGCGUUUGUCUCCAACUCAGCUGACUGACCAAGCUCAUGGUGUCACACGUUCGCUGUCACACGGUUCAGUCAUCAAUUCCCAACAUAAAUGGUGGAACGUUGAUGAAACGAGGGGCACUAUAAACAGACCCACUAGUCUCAUGGUUUCAGAACGCUAUGGCUGCCAGACUGCAACGUUUAACCCUCGAGAAUCAUUCCUAAGAAGCUUACACACAGUGACGAGAAGGCCUAAAAAGUGUAAUGAAAGUAAAUCUAACUGGGAGUUAAAUUACGUGAAGGACUAUCAGAGAGAACAGAGUAGGGGGCUGCAUUUGAGGAAAUGGGCCUGCAGUAAAUGUACCUUGGAAAAUUCAGGGAUUAGAACGCAUUGCGAGGCUUGCUUGUCGCCCAGAGCUGCUCCUUUGGCGAGAAUUCCUAACACAAGAGGCCUUAGUGUUACAACUUUAGGAAGGCAUGAGAAUGUCACAGCAAGAGAUGGAGCCACCUCAUUGCCUUCAUCUGGCGGUGUUAUGAUCACAGUUCCGGAUUGGCCACAAACACACGCAACAAACUUAAGUAAUGCUCUCCAUCGAUCGGUGAGUGCAACAAACUCUCCAGAAAUAAGACCGACUUACAGACGAUCGUUUUCGGAACAAAACGAAAACCGACCGAUUGGCAAAGUGAUAUCCAGCCGAAGAAGUCUAAAUGACUAUCAAAAAUCAUUGGAUGGCUACUGCAAUAUUGUGAAUGACGAUAAAAGGGAGACCCUAUCGAAUAGGAAGAUUGAUGAGUCGAAUUCAGAGCUGAUCGAGAAGGAAUGUAGCUGGGAUACAAAUGCAGAAGGAGUAAUCUAUGCUCUGCCCAAUAAGGGGAAGUAUAAGGACUUGAAUUUGCAGCUCCAAGUAAACAACAAUGGUACCAGGUACUCAUACGUCUCAGUGCAAGAUACUAAGACUGUUAUGUCCAAUUCUCAGAAUGAAGCGUUGUAUUCUAAUGAUAUUGGCGAUGGUGAAUAUGCGAGGAUUGACGAGUUGUUGGGUGGGGAGAACUGUCUUUCUCCUGUCAGUGAAGUGUUAAGGACUUCACAUAUUGGUUCUUCUGUUGGUAAGGAGGGCAAAGUGUUCAAUAUGCUACCGUCUAUGGGAAAAGUGUCUUAUAAUCACCGGGAGAUGUCUAAAGUGCCUUCAAUACAGCAACAGACCACACGUGACAGUGGUCGUAUGUGGCAGUGCAGUGACUGUCGCUUCGCAUACAACGCGUGGGGCUCUCGUUGCGAGAUGUGUCGGAGUGCCAGACCUCCACAUGCCACCACUCUUGCCCAGCAACCCAUCACAAAUUCCCGAUUAAAUUCAAGUGUAGAAGCCAGUGGUACGAAGUUGGAACCAUCUCAACCAGUGAAAAAGUUGACUGUGCCCAUCGCUUCGCUCGACCAUGACUUAAAUAGUGACGAGCUGUUGUUUGCGGUUGAUAGUUCAGUGCCGCCGAUGGAGUCCACGUGGACUUGCGCACGGUGCACGCUUGUGAACGAAACGGGUGCGAGCACGUGCGCAGCCUGUGCGGGCUCCAGACCGGCAGCGCAUCAAUUCUGGUCUUGCAGUUCCUGUACGCUGCGCAACCCGCAAUCGGCGGGGGCGUGUCUUGCGUGCAAGACGCCGUCCGUGCCCAAGCACGCAGUCACCAACGAAAACCACGUUGGUCGCAGUCCUUCGCCGCGUCGUGGUCGCCACACUCCCGCGCUUCCCCGCCGGGUGUCGCGACACAAGACGCCUCCGCCAGACACCAAGACGGAGGCGUCGCAAUGGGCGUGUAGUGAGUGUACGUUCGUGAACGCGAGCGGCGCGGACGUGUGCGACAUGUGCCAGUCGCCGCGGAGUCGGCUGCUGCCCGCUGCCGCAGAGCCCACGCUCGACUCGGACUCGCCCGAUGGUUCGGAUGGAGAGCGACAGGAGAGCACUCCGAUGGAGAUCUUGCGGCUGCGGGAAGAGAGUCACGCGUGGACGCAGUGGCAGGAAGUGCUGGCGCAGUGCUCCGCGACUGGCGAGAUGUACGUGGAUGAGACAUUCCCCGCAUCACCUCGCUCGCUGUAUUACAGCGGGCAGUGUGAAGGUGGAGCGGCAGCAGUGGCAGGAGCUGGUGCCCGCUGGCUGAGGCCGCAUCAGAUCCACGUGGACGCUGACCAUCGCAUGCCGUGGGUUGUGUUCCGCGACCCACGACCCUCCGACAUAUCUCAAGGUGUUCUUGGCAACUGCUGGCUUUUAUCCGCGCUGGCCGUAUUAGCGGAGAGCUCAGCACUCGUGAGAAGUGUGGUAGUGCGAGCAGAGCCCGAGCGGGGAGCGUACCAGCUACGACUGUGUAAGGACGGCCGGUGGCUGACUAUCACACUGGAUGAUCAGCUGCCCUGCAACAAGAAGGGACAUCUACUCUACUCGCAGGCGAAGAGGAAACAGUUAUGGGUACCGCUGAUAGAGAAGGCGGUUGCCAAGCUACACGGUUGCUAUGAGGCGCUGGUUUCUGGCAGAGCUAUUGAAGGUCUGUGCACACUGACGGGGGCGCCGUGCGAGUCUGUGUCGCUGCAGGCGGGAGGGGCGGGCGGGGGUGCGGGAGGCGGGGGGGCGCCCCUGGAGCAGCUGGACCGUGACCUGGUGUGGGCGCAGCUGCUGUCCUCGCGACAGGCCUGCUUCCUGAUGGGGGCUAGCUGCGGGGGCGGCAACAUGAAGGUUGACGAAGAAGAAUACCAGCGCCUUGGCCUCAGACCUCGCCACGCGUACUCUGUGUUAGACGUGGUGGAAGUCGGUGAGGUUGGGGAUUCAAGUCCCGUGCGUCUCCUGAGACUGCGCAACCCUUGGGGCCACUACACCUGGCGGGGACCAUGGGCGCAGGGCUGUCCCAGGUGGAAUGAUAACAUCAGGCGUCACCUACCUCCGGCGAGCGAUCGGGACCAGGGGGUAUUCUGGAUCAGCUUCGACGAUGUACUGAAAUAUUUCGACUGUAUCGACAUCUGCAAAGUGCGCGCGGGCUGGCACGAGGUCCGUCUGGCGGGGACCUUACCGCCGAUGUCCUCCACGCGGCACCUCACGUGUCUGCUGCUCACGGCUACUCAACCCACUGAGGUGGAUUUCACACUCUUCCAGGAGGGGCAAAGGAAUUCAGCAAAGAGUCAACGAUCGCAGUUGGACUUGUGCGUCGUCGUGUUCCGGACUAAGUCGGGACCCAACGCCCAGGUCGGGAAACUGGUGGCGCACAGCAAGAGACAGGUGCGCGGUUUUGUGGGUUGCCACAAGAUGCUUGAGAAGGGGUUCUACUUGGUGGUCUGCCUCGCGUUCAACCACUGGCACACGGGGCUCGAGCUAGCAGACAGCGCGAGUUGGCCUCGGCACGUGCUCGCUGCACACUCCUCCAAGCCGCUCGCCGUUGUGCGUCCGCCCUUACACCCGCACAUAUUGGCCGAUGCCAUCAUAGGACUAACCUUGGCGAGGGGGCAGCGCCACGAAGGCAGGCAGGGAAUGACAGCUUAUUAUCUUACGAAGGGCUGGGCUGGCUUAGUGGUGAUGGUGGAGAACCGACACACCGACAAGUGGAUCCACGUGAAGUGUGACUGCCAGGAGAGCUACAACGUGGUCUCCACGCGCGGGGAACUCAAGACUAUUGACUCCGUGCCGCCGUUGCACAGACAAGUCAUCAUAGUACUGACCCAGUUGGAGGGCAGCGGUGGGUUCUCCAUCGCUCACCGACUGACACACCGUCUGGCGGCCGGUGGAAGACUCCAGGACUGGGCGCCCAGGACUGACGAUGAGCCCCAGCACAGACCGCCCAUUCACCGGCGCCUUAUUGGUCUACAUGCACCCAGGCUUAUCACGUAGAACGUAUUUUCAAAAUGGCGGACAAAACGCACACACGCAUAAAUUUGCGGAAAUGUUACGCACACAUUCUUACUACACAUUGCGUACACAAGACAGAGCGUCAAAACGUCUAAAUACACGAACAAUUUUUGCAGAAAGUUUUAUACUCAUAAGGAACACAUUCACAUGCGAUGACAAAAUACUUCAUCCCAUACUUUGCAAGUUUUAGCGGCGUAAGUAAUUUAAAUAAUAUUACUUUUGCUUGCUUAAAUAGUUUAAAAAAACCAAUGACUACAAAUCAAUUGUUGAGAAUUGUUCCCAUUGAGAUUUUGUAAAUAUUAUGUUAAAUUUUUCUAAUGUCUCAAAUAAAAAAAAAAUUGUUACAAAAUGACGUUCCUUUGUUAAUAUUUUUACGACGGGGUUGUUGAGUCGCGCGUAACUCAUAAGUUCUUCAUGAUGUUUUCAUCAACCACAAAGUUUAUGGACAUGACAUAGUUUGGAUAGUAAGACAGAAAUCAAAUCUGGAUAGUAUUUUUCUAAAAGCGACACAAUUUUCAUAGACUAUAAUAAUUUUUUUAUCAGAUUUUGUCUCUAACUCUAAGGCCACAGACAAGUAGAUGUAAGAUUGUAACCUGUAUUAUAAAAGUAGGUGUGUUCAAAUUUGAUGUUGUUCAUAUUACGAGUAUUAACGUAUUUAAGGACAUUUUAGAGGUAGCGUAGUCUAGGCGAAAAUGAUAAGUGAGAAAGAGAUGGCUAUAUUUCUGACAGCUUCGUAUUUUUAAAUGACGUGUGAUGAUUUCAUUGGUGUAUUGUGGACGCGGUUGAUUUGUUUAUUUUACUUAAUACUAAGCCGUAUUACUUGAUGAUAAGACUUACGUUUGCAUAAAUGAUACUUACGCAUUUUACCGGUUAGCCGUAUUUUGUCAGAUAUUUAGUUUAAUAUUCAAAUUAGCUGCGAUCAGGACGAUUGCAGUCACAAAUCUCGUCAUGAAUAUUCUAGUGUUUAAGUUGUUUUUCUCAUUAACAGACUGAAAAAAUUCGUUAAUUUUAUUAAUCAGUUAUUUAUUACAAAACUAAUUUAUAGGGUAGUACUUAUAGCAAUAACAGAGCAGCUCUGCAGAGGUCGCGGGUUCGAAUCCCGCAUCGUUCAUAAAUUUUGUUUUCAAAUUUAAUUUGUGUAAUAAAUCCCAGAAGGGAGGAUUAUCACUUUGAAAAAAAUAAUAAUUUAUAGCAAUAACCUAAAUUUAUUUUGACAUUUGUUCUACGUUCCAUAGAAGUUUUUAUUUUAUUUUAGAUAGACCAAUUAGUGAAUACUCAUUAGCAUUAGAGAUUGUGGUGUUUUUGAAAUUACAGUAGAAACUCGAUUAAUCGAAAAUCCGGAAAAUCGAUAGAAUGAAUAAAAGUGGACUUUGUGCAUAAUAUAGUACAUAAUGUUGUGUUUAUUAAAAACAAUACGUACAUAUCAAAUCACUGUUUAUUAAGAAGUUAUUUAGAGAUACAUUUUCCAACAUACGAUGUACAUUCAUAUUUCCUCAGAUCCGUACAUAAUACAAAAUUAUGUACUGCAGUCUUAAUUAUGAAAUAAAAUAUUGAGGUAUGUAUAUAAUAUAUACGUAUAAUUUGUUUAAACAAAAUGUAUUUCGUAAUUUUCAUUUUCAUAGUAAAAUUAUAAAUUUAAUUGUCAUUUUACGUCAAAUGUCACGUCUCUUUCUUCAUUGCUGCUAUAUCACGGAUUCGUUUCAACUGUAGAAAACUCACAGUAUCGCGCUGUUUGUUUUUCGAACCACUAGAGCUGGUUUCCAAGGUAUGAAGUGCUUCAUCAUGAGAUGGUUCUCCGCCAUUUCAUAUUCACAUAGGAUGAUGUAAUGCCAGUUCCGAUACGGUUAUGCUUGCAUUAAUUCGACUUGUAGGUACCUAUGUGAGGUGGUGGUUGGUAGUCCAGAUUAUCGCAAAUCCGUAUAACUGAGGGCUGGAUAAUCGAGUUUCUACUGUAUCUUUAAGCCUGGCCAGUGAUUAAAGUAAAAAUCGUUAUCUGAUAUUGUAUACACUAUGUUAAAAAAAAACCUGUACGAUAAUUGACACAGAUAUGAAGUUGAAUGCGGGGACACCACUAAAAAUAAAAUUAAAAAUCAAACCCCUUAGAUUAAAUGCUACGACAAAAAGAACAUUUCAUAUUAAAUGUUUUCAAAAAUCUUGAGAACCUCUGACUUAUUUGUUAUACCAGUAAACUAAGGUCGUCGCCCUGAGCUCGGUCCAAUGGCGUAUAUCGAGCAUCAGCUGCACGCCCUUCGCAGGAAUGGAACAUGAAUAAAAUGGGUGUGUGGGUGGGGUAAAAUUAAAUUGGUCUCACGCAGAGGUGUCCAAACGUUUAUAAUUGGCUACGUCAAUAAUCUUGUUUCUUAAUUUUAUUUAAUGUGCUAAUUUCCUCAAAAUAAAUAUUUAUUUGUUUUCACUACUUGAUACCAAUAUACGCCUUAAGAUAUAGUACAGGAUUUUUUUAACAGCCUGUAUAUCACAUGAGAAGCUUUGCCCGCUCUAACGAAAAAAAAACCGGGAUCGAUUGCAAUGUCUUUUAUAAGUGUAUUUGCCGUGCUAGCUUUAUUUAUAAUUCUUGCCAUUAGCUUGUAGGAUUAAAAUUAAAUUUACUGUGACAUUAUUAUUACGUUUACGAGGCCUAUACCAACGGAAUAGAAAAUAUAAGUGGGAGUGCCUUAUAGCCAUCGCGUGUGUCACAAUUAUGCGGAGUUCCGCAACAUUGGCUCAGUCGCGAUUAGCUGAUGCCUCUGACAUGACGUUUCUUUAUUGUUACUAUAAAAUAUUAAUAAAAUAGAUAACCGUUACAUGGGAGUAUGUCAUCUAUUUCUAACAUUUUAAAUGUGAUAAUUUGAGUGUAAUUUUGCUAUCGUGCUUGAUUGAAUUUGAUUUUAAUAUGAAAAGACAUCUUUUUUGCAUUUAAAAUAAUACACUAAUAAGACUUCAUAUUGAUCAGUGCUAUAAAAAAUUUUUUAAGCUUUUUUUGUUUUUUCUAUGUAAGCACAAAAAGUAUAAAUUUUUGUGACUUUGGUUCCAAAGAAGUUUAAGGGCACUUCCACUUGUCUUAACUGUUCCGUGCCUAUACUUACUCUUUUCCCAAAUACGUAAUCCCAUUUCAUACAGAUUAUCAGGUGGAUUUAUAUAUAUUAAGAUGUAAUGCUAAAGAAUGAGACUCAAGUUUCCACUUAUAAAAUCAUAUUAGCAUAAUUUAAAAAUUGUCAAACGCCAAAUGUGAUAUUUGGAAUAGAGUGAAGUAUUGUGCAAUAUUUGCUAGAGGAAUGCCUUAUCCAAAUACUUUUUAAGAGCAACACAAUAUUUUCUGUUCUCUUUUUGUUUUUGUUUUUACAAACUUACCUUGCGGAGAAAGAUGCUUUAUGCUUACUGCCGUCUUUUAUUAAUUAUUUCAGUUUUUAUUCUAUGUAUAUUUCUGGAUUGUUUUUUAUAAACUUAUUUAAUGAUUGUCAUAAAAGUUAUUGAAUUUAUAAAAUAUUGUUACUUUGUUAUAUUUUAAUGUAUUUUAAACAAAAUUACUUUUUUUUGUAGCUCUCUAAAGUAUUUAUUUGAAUAAUGUGAACAUGCGGCAAGUUAUGAUGGCCGUUUUGAUAUUUAUUUGCAAAUUAAAAUAAAUAAAUACUCUUGACGUAUCGUUAUCUUCAUAAGCCGGAAGACGUUCACCGCUGGACAAAGGCCUGCCUCGAGGAUAUCCACGACGAUCGGUUCUGCCAUCUUCCAAUGUAUUUCGGUGAUUUUCGCCAGAUCAGGUCCAUCUUGUGGGGGGGUUACCAACCUUUUGACGUAUCAUCAUCAGCCGAAAUACCUCCACUGCCGGACAAAGGUCUCCCCCAAACAUUUCCACGACGAUCGGUCCUGCGCUGCUCUCAUCCAACGCGAAAACGUUCGCUCGCCGGAAUCGGCGAACUUGACCGGAUCGUCGGUCCAUCUUUUGACGUAUUUGAUGUCUCAAUUAAAAUUAAUCUAAAACAGCCAUCAUAACACAACUGUAUAUAUUUAAUUUGUUGUAAGCGUCUUCGAACGAACACAGUACAAGAACGUGCUAUCUUAUCCGGUGUGGAUCACUGAUGUUGAAUGAUCGCCGAUUUUGUGACUUAUUGCGUUAAUAAUAAGGUCGAUAUUAGCAUAGUUUGAAAUCUCACUAUGAUAUUCGCACACUUGCAUAAAUUUACGCUCUAUAAUCCGAUUAUCUCGAUAAUAUUAUCGAGAUGUAAAUUAACAAUAUUGUUUAAAAAAACUGUAGCAAGUGUGUGAAAUAUCAUUGCAAAAAGCACCAAUUAACGUGUUUAUGAUAAUUAGGAAAAAAUAGCGUAUGUAACAUCUGUAUGGGUUCCGGAAUGUUAUUACUCACGUAUACAUAUGUAAGAUAACUAUCGUGCCAUAGUGUAGUGUUUGCUUUUAAAACUCGUGAAUUUGUAACUCGUGCGCCUUCACACGAUUGGUCAGUCUUGUCUCGUGAUGGAAGCGGGCUCCUGAUUGGUCAAUAAUGAUAAUGGGGAGGUUCUUAGUUGUUAAAUUAACCAAAGAAUUGUAAUUUUCUUUAACAAUGUUUGAUGAAUAAUUAACUCUUAUUUCCAUUUUGUUCUACUUAACUUUAAAUGUUUCAUAUGGCACUAAAGUUUACUCUAAAACCCUCUCCAUUGAGUGAUCAAGCCAGUUAACCACAAGUCAACAUUCGGGUCUUUUAGUCGUAUAGGUAGUGUUCGCAAUAUUAUCCUAAGCAUUAUGUGCUGCCUAUUAUGAGAUUUGACACGUCUUAAAAGUAAAUAAAACAUGCCCUUAUAUGAAUAUAAGGGGAGUACCAUUUGAGUUUUCACAACGACUAUUCUGGUCGAAACGAAUGAUUGUAAAGUCCCCGCAAGUUCGUAAGGAGGUUUUUUUUAAUCAAUUUUCUCCCUAGUUUUGGCACUGGCUGCACCCAGUAGUAUUUUAUUUCGCAAGAUAUCAGAUGAGUCUUGUCAAAUCUCAUAGGCUGCAGCCAAACUAUGCUUACAAAAGACCCGUAGUAAGUAGCGCAGUAGAGUGGCGGUUUAUUGUUAGUGUCCAGUGUGGCAUGAAUUUUUCUACUCAAACCUUUUGAUAUCACGUAUUGAUUUAACGUUUUCGAUGUAAAUUUGUUUUUAGUAGUAAUAUGACGCUUAUUUUGUGUUAGUUGAUACUUGAAUGCAUGUUAUACUGUGUAAGGGAAUUAAAUUAUUUAAAUUUGA